AUGUCAGAGGAGGAUAAAACGUGUUUGCCGUUGAUUAUAUAUUAUAUGAGGGAGAAAUACUUCAGACAUGCCUUCAAUACAGCUGUGAGGAGAUUAAAACUGUACAGUAAUGACCCAGUGCUCCGUUUCUUCAAAGCUUUUGCAACUCUGAUGGAAGGUCGCUCCAAGGAGGCUUUACGAGAGCUCGUCCCGCUGAAGGAUCAUCCACAUCUGUCUCUGUGUUCAACAGUAGCUCUCAUUUACGCACACAAACGCUGUGAGACUGUCGAUGAAGAUGCUGUGAAUGAGCUGAACUCUGAGCUGAAGCGCUCUGGAUCUACAGCUGGUGAAAGAGCGCUUUAUUACGCGGCGCUGCUCUACUGGAUCCUCCAGAUGAAUCUCAAAGCUAAAACAUGCAUUAAAAAGAUGCUGAAAAUCUCAGAGACGUCACCUGAGGGUUUGAUUCUGAAGGGCUGGAUCGUGCUGACUUCUGACCUGGAAGAGAACAGACCUCAGGCUAUACGAUACUUUAACAGUGGUGUUCAGGACUCUGGAGAUCUGUUUGGACUGAUGGGAAAGAUUGAGUUCUUCAUGCUGAAGCAGAAUGAGUCGAGCGCUUUAGACAUAAUCCAUCAGAUCCUGCUCAUUUAUCCAGACUUCACUCCAGCGCUCCACAUGAAGAUGAAGAUAUUUCUGGCUCUGCGGGACUGGCAGCAAACAGAGGACAUCGCAUGCAGAGUUCUGGAGCGAGAUGCACAGGAUCUGAAAGCUCUUCAGGUGUUGACUGUUAUUGCUGUAGUUAAAGAUGGAGAUACGGAGCUGGUAAAGCAGCGUCUGCAGGCUUUAGUGAGUGCGCUGGAGCUCCGUGAACCCUGCAACCCCAGCCUACAUGUGGAGAUCACUGCAGCCAUCAGCCGACUGGUUCGAGAUCAGUUUCAGUUCAACCUGAUUAAAGCUCAAGCUCUGCUGAGGUCUGGAGAUGUGGAGAGCGCCAUCCAGUGUCUGAACAUCAUCAUGAAGAUGCCAGGGGUCCAGGGGCCCUCAGAGGGGCUGCUAUCCUCCAUCAUCAGCAGCAGCAGUGAGCGAGUGUGUGUGUUUCUGGAGCUCAGCGAGGCCCUCAGACUCAAUGGAAAGCAGCAUGAAGCCGCUAAGGUCCUUGACGAUGCGGUUGGGUUCUUCAGUGGGAUGCCGGAGGAGACGCAGCUCACACUCGCUCAUGUGGAUCUGGCUUUAGCGAGAGAUGAUGUAGACGCCGCUGUACUUAUACUGCAAGACAUUCUGCCUACCGAGGCCACUUACAUCCAGGCCCGAGAGAAGAUGGCUCAAAUUUACCUGGAGAGAAGAAACAAUAAGAAGCUUUUCAUUGCUUGCUACAAAGAAAUAAGUGAGCAGCUUCCAGGAGCUCACACUAGCAUCUUACUGGCUGAUGCCUUCAUGAAGAUACACCAGCCAGAGGAAGCAGUCAGGAUCUAUCAGGAUGUCGAGAAGACUGCUCCGAAAGACACGUUAGCCAAGAAAAUAGGCCACGCUUUAGUGAAGGCUCAUGAAUAUGACAAGGCUGUGUGUUAUUAUGAGACGGCUCUGAAGAGUGAUUCUCUGGACUGCGUGUUGAGUUUAGAGCUUUCUGAACUACUGCUGAAACUGAAGCGCUUUAACAGAGCUCAGCAGGUCCUGGAACAGGGGCUGGAUCAUCAGCCGACUUCUGCUUUGGCUGUAAUGAUGAAUGAUGUUAAAGCUCUCCGAGUGUUGGUUAAAGUGCUGCGAGCCCGGAAUGAGUCUGCUCUGGAUGUCAUACAGAAGAUGCAUGAUCUCCAGCUCAGAGUUAUUAUGUGUGUCUCGAGUGAACAUCAGGGAGAAUUAGAGGAACAGAAGAAGCUGUUAUCAUCCAUCUGCUGUGAUUGGGCUCAAGAGUUUCACCUCAGACAUGAGCUGGAAAAAGCCAGAUAUCACUAUACAGAUGCUUUAAAAUACAGGCCGGACGAUCAACAGAUCCUCCUUCAUCUGGCUGCACUGUACUAUGAGCAGCAGAAGCUGGAUUACAGUGAGGAGAUGUGUGUGAAGAUUCUGCAGCUCCAGCAGGAACACACCGCAGCCGCAAUGCUGUUGGCCGAUACAUUGUUUUGGAAGAACCAAAAAGAGGAAGCAGUCCAGAUUUAUACCAAUAUAAUGGAGAGAAACCCUGAUAACUUUCAUGCCAUGGCCAAGUUUAUACACAUUCUGCGCAGGAUGGGGAAACUUCAGGAUGUCGUGUCUGUUUUUAAUGCUUGUGAAAAGUUCAAUCCACUGACGCUCAGAGAAGCGGGUUAUCAUUACUGCAAGGGUCUCUACCUAUGGCACUCUCACCAGGUGUCUUCAUCUCUGACACACCUGAACAAGGCCAGAGGAGACGCAGUCUGGGGAAAGCUGGCUCUGGAGAUGAUGAUCCACAUCUGUCUGAACCCCGACAAGAUCAUAUUUGGAGGAGAAAUUUUAGAUAAAGGACUAAGAGAAAAAAGCGAAUCAGAGAUUGAGAUGGCAAUCGACACCGCACACAAUCUGCUGAAAAUGUUUCACCCGCACUGCAGAUCUGAGCAGGACAAAGCUGCACUGCUGCUGAAUGUGUGUCGAAUCUACAGCCGAAAACACACACAGGUGGAGACGGCACUGCUGGAGCUCACACACACACUUGCCAGUAAUGUGAUGUUGGAGGCGCAUUUGCUCCUCGUGGCUGAAGGUUUUGUCCAGCUUAAGCAGAUUCCCAGAGCCAGAAACUUCCUCAAACGCCUCACCAGGAUGAACUGGAGUGACACAAAUGCAGACUAUAUAGAGAAAGGCUGCCUGCUGCUGGCGGACAUGUACAUAAAGAUGGGCAAAUACACAGAGGGCCGCACACUCCUCCACAGCUGCACUCAACAUAAUAAGUCGUGCAGUAAAGCGUAUGAGUAUGAGGGCUUUAUGCUGGAGAAUGAGCAGAGAUACAGAGACGCAGCGCUGCAGUAUGAGCUGGCCUGGAGACACAGCAGACAACCUGCAGUCGGCUUUCGUCUUGCCUUUAACUAUCUGAAGAGUCAGAACUACACGCUGGCUGUGGAUGUGUGUCGACAGGUUCUGCAGCAACAUCCAGAUUACCCACAAAUCAACACUGAGAUCCUGACCCGCGCUCAGCUCUCUCUCCGCCUGUGACUGAGUGUGUGUGAAUUUGUUGUGUGUGUGUGCACGCAUGCGUUUGUUAUGCGUGUGUGUGUCUGAAGAAAAGGAAUUUGUGUGUGUGAGUAAAGAAGUGUGUAUGUGCUGUGUGUGUGUG